CAGUUAAAAAGAACAGGCCAAUCGGCGGAUUCCGCGUCGCGUCCGAUGGCGUGCCAUCUAGUCGUUCCACGCGUUCGUGAUUGCACUUCUGAUUCGCCCGUCUGCGUCUCUGGCCAUGUUCUCGCGCGCCGUUGCACGUGUAGGUGUACGCUUUGUGAGUCAGCAAAAAGGGAAGGGAGUCGGUGAUAAUUCGUUGCAGCGGCUGUUACUGGUGAACGUUUACGUUGGGAACGGCAAACAGGCCGCGCGUUACAGCACGAACGAAGUCGCGAGCGAGUGGAGCCGAGCGACGAUGUCGAGCGAUGAGAAGAAGCCGUUCCGCCGUCUGCCGACGACCGUGCGUCCCCAUCACUAUUUGAUUUCGCUGACGCCGAACUUCGCCAAUUUUGUCUUCGACGGCACGGAGAAGGUGUACAUUGACGUGACCUGCCAAACCAACACUGUUGUCUUAAAUUCGUUAGAAAUUAAUAUAAAGAGUGCAACGUUCAAUGGGGAAGAUGGUAAAGUCAUCCCCGCCGAUAAAAUCGAGUUGUCAGCGUCGGAAGAAACAGCCACUCUGGUAUUUCCUGAAAAUCUACCCCUUGGUAACAGUGGAUACUUGAGUUUAGACUUUGUGGGUGAAAUCAAUGACAAGAUGAAAGGCUUCUAUAGAAGCAAAUAUUGCAAAGACGAUGGCACCAUUGAACAUGCAGCUGUUACUCAGUUUGAACCAACAGACGCUAGACGUUGUUUCCCAUGUUGGGAUGAACCAGCACUCAAAGCUACAUUUGACAUUGCUCUUAAAGUACCAGUUGGUCUCACAGCACUUUCCAAUAUGCCGGUGAAAAGCAAAGUUACAGAAGGCAACCACGACGUAUUGACUUUCGAGAGGACGCCAAUUAUGUCGACGUACUUAGUGGCAGUGGUGGUGGGCGAGUUUGAUUACAUAGAGGACAAGUCUAGUGACGGUGUGUUAGUUCGGGUUUACGUACCCAAGUCUAAGAAGGAGCAGGGCCAGUUCGCACUAGAGGUGGCGACCAAGGUCCUGCCCUACUACAAAACCUACUUCGGCAUAGCGUACCCCCUGCCGAAGAUCGAUCUCAUCGCGAUCUCCGAUUUCUCGUCCGGUGCUAUGGAGAACUGGGGUCUGGUGACGUAUCGCGAGACCUGCCUGCUCGUAGAUCCGCAAAACACGUCGGCGGUGCGCAAACAGUGGAUCGCGUUGAUAGUAGCGCACGAGCUGGCGCAUCAGUGGUUCGGUAAUCUCGUCACGAUGGAGUGGUGGACGCACCUGUGGCUGAACGAAGGCUACGCGUCGUUCGUCGAGUUCCUCUGCGUCGCGCAUCUCUUCCCGGAGUACGACAUCUGGACGCAGUUCGUAACGGACACGCACAUCCGAGCACUGGAGCUGGAUGCCCUGAAGAACAGCCAUCCGAUCGAGGUGCCCGUCGGCCAUCCGUCGGAGAUCGACGAGAUCUUCGACGACAUAUCGUAUCACAAGGGAGCCUCCGUCAUUCGCAUGUUGCACGCGUACAUAGGUGACGACGACUUCAGGAAGGGCAUGAACCUGUACUUGAAGCGGCACAGCUACGCGAACGCGGAGACCGAGGACCUCUGGGCCGCGUUGGAGGAGGCUAGUAACAAAGCUGUGCGCAACGUCAUGUCGUCGUGGACCAAACGGCAGGGCUUUCCCAUUGUCAAGGUCGAUUGCAACCAAGAGGGCGAUAACAGAAUUUUAUCGUUGUCUCAGUGCAGAUUCCUGGCCGAUGGCUCGAUAGACACCGCGGAAGACGUGUGGAUCAUCCCGAUCAGCGCGAGCUCGGUACAGGAUCCGAACAAGACGAUAUUCAGCGGCAUACUGGACGCUAAAACGAAGAAGUUCGUGGUCGAGAACGUUCCCAAGGACGCGUGGCUGAAGAUCAAUCCCGGCACCGUCGGCUUUUAUCGGACUCGUUACAGUCAGUCCGCUCUGUCGCUUCUUUUGCCCGCGAUCAAGGAUCACACUCUGCCUCCUCUGGACAGAUUGGGUCUGUUGGACGACCUUUUCGCCAUGGUGCAAGCCGGUCACGCGUCCACCGUGGAGGUGUUUGAGCUCAUGCAGGCGUUCCAACGUGAGGACAACUUCACGGUAUGGUCCAGCAUAGUGAACACCCUGAGCAAGAUCGGCGUCCUGAUCUCACACUUGGAAUUCGAGGACUCCUUCAAGGCGUUCGGACGCAACCUGUUCCAAGACAUUACCGACAGAUUAGGAUGGGAUCCCAAGCCGAACGAGAGCCACUUGGACACGUUGCUCCGAUCUCUCGUGUUAGGUCGCAUGGGGGCUUGGAACGACUCGAAUACUAUCCAAGAGGCGAAGAGGAGGUUUGAGCUCCACGUGAACGGUGCAACGACGCUCGCCGCCGAUCUACGUAGUCCGGUUUAUCGUGCUGUGCUCUUAGCGGGCGACGCCAAUACCUUCGAGACCAUGAUCAAACUGUACAAGGAAGCCGAUCUUCACGAGGAGAAGGACAGAAUCCUGAGAGCGCUGGGCGCGAUCAAGGACGAGGCCUUGCUGAUGAAGGUCCUGGACUUCGCCAUGAGCGACGAGGUGCGCGCUCAGGACACCGUGUUCGCCAUCAUGUCCGUGGGGAUGACGUACAAGGGGCGCCUCAUAGCGUGGAACUUCUUCAAGGAGAACUGGAAGACGCUGCUUGACCGUUAUGAGGGUGGCUUUCUGCUGGCCAGAUUGGUGAAAUUCACCACGGAGAACUUCGUCACUGAGGAACUUGCCAAAGACGUGGAGAACUUCUUCGAGAACCACCCGACCCCCGGCACCGAGAGAACGGUGCAGCAGAGCGUGGAGUCCAUCAGACUGAACGCCGCGUGGCUAGCCAGAGACAAAGACUUGAUCCGAAAGUAUCUGACCUCGGAGCAAGUUUAGUAGACGCCGCGUUUCUCACGUCUCCCUCGUUACCAUUAAUCAGACAUAAUCGGAAACCGUGAGCGAAGGCGAAUUUGUAUUAUCGCGCGGAACGUCUUACUCGGUGUUGCUUGAAGAAUAUUGCCGAAGCGGCGUCAAUUAGGCAACAGGGACGGUCUCUCGUAUACGAGAUAAUCUGUAAUAAUCCGGUACGAGUCAUGUGUGUGUGCAUGCUUAACGGGACUUGAUGUGAAUUCAAUGUUGCUUUCAACAUACGGUCGAGAAUUCUUUUGAGAGCGAAAACGAGUGGGAGGAUAUAUGUACCGUUUUGUAUACCUGUUAUACCUCACCGACGAGUCAUCUUGAGCUAACGCAGCAUUUUACAGUGUUCUUAUACUUGCUGACUUUUGACUGGUAUUGUAGAUUUAGUCGUUUGUUAUCGAGGGAGAAUAGGAUUUUUAAGCACUCGGAACGAUUCUUUUUUUUUUGUUUUGUUUUGAAAAAAACAGAUCUCAUCGCAAACGAAUACCUGCGUUGGCUCUUAUUGGCCUGGUCUUUAUUUCUCAUUUGUUUAUCAGGGAGCCUUGUAUAUAACUUGUACUUUAAUUCUCUUUUGUCUCAAUAUUUUCAAGUAGGCACGUCUACGACGAUCUCGAAUCACUUUAAUUUGUUAAAAUUUCAGAUAUAUUGCUUUUAUGUCGAGAGAAUGUUGUUUCGUCUAAUAAAUAAUGAUUACAUUAAAAUAGGGUCCGGGGUGCGAUUCGGUUUAAAAUACCAGUUGAAAAUUAAUUCCGUUUAUAUUGUCAUUUACUCGUAUAUUACAAUCCAUUUGAGAUAUGUACUUCUGAUUACAGAGAUAAAUUAUGUCGACAAUGUGUUCACAGUGUAAGAAAAUUUACAGGAUUUACUGUACGAAAGAGAACUUCUUUUUCUUUACAUGCGAUUGCAAAAACACAUACGAUCCGAAUUUCAAGUCCGGUUGUGAAUAGAUGAUGUCAAACGGGAGAUAAGCAAUUUCUUUUUCUAGCGCGUCAGGUCAACGCGCGUAACGUGACUUAUUGUUUAACGGAGUAAUUAAGAAAGCGACUUAAGAAAGAACCGUCUUGGAGAGUACAUAAUUAAGGGCUUGCGAGUUGGUGUUGAGUAGUGAUUGCCAUCUCUGACGAUUGGACAGAGGUGUCGUCGACACUUCUCAAUUAACUUGCGAACGUCACGAAGACGCUUAGAAAAUUUCUUAUAUUUUUUGAAACGUCGAGCGUUUCGAACGAAGGAUAUCUUUCUUAUUAAAUUGUUUUAAGUGACGUAAAGACGUCUAAUAAAAUUUCCAAAAUUUUCCAGGCCGUCUUUGUAUGUCUCAUGGACGUUCUCCUAAUUUAUUGAGAAUCCUCUUUAGGCAUUUCUCGGAUUUCUUGGAUUUUUGUGUUACUUGAGUCACUGCGUUAUUAUUGAUAAUAAACAAAAGAGAACUGAUAACAAACUGCGUGUAUUACUUUCGCCUCGUCAUCAGUGAUGCCUCAUAAACGGCUCCACCCACAAAUCAGCACCAGCUUCCAAGUCCUGUACAUAACUUAUUAUUAUGUAAUCCAUUAACAUGUACAAAUUACAAUCUAUAUAAUAUAGACGAUGAGAUUGUUUAUGUGA